AUGAGCGGCAAUCUUCACAGUGAUCUUCACCAGAUAGAAUUAACUGCACAUGCCUUACUAAGUGGGUCAUUAGAUAAUCUCAAUGAGAAUUUUGAACUGUUGAAUCAAUCCCAACUAAUUUUAUUAACAAGAUUGAAAAUUAUAGAAGAGAGAUUAAACAAUUUUAAAUCUAUAAUAAAUGAUAAUAUUAUCAAUGAAAAGGAAUUGGAAGAACAAUUUAACAAGGUUAAACAACUACGGAAACGAUUGGAGAGGUGUUUAAAAGUGACUGAAAGUAUUGAGAUGAGAGUUGACAAGUUGGAGAAUCAACCAUGA